AUGAGACACACAGCCUUCUGUAAGCCACCUGCACAGCGGAUGAAGUGGCUAAACUUCUCGAUCGACUGCUGCCAUCGGCACACGGCCCGCCACACUUCAGACCAGCACAGUUCCGCUCUUGACGCCCUAGCCAUUUCCGUGUUUGCCAACUCUUUCCGCCAAGAUGAAGGUGCGACCGCCCAAUCAACCUUCGCAACCACGCCUACCGCUUCGGACCCAUACUCCUGUCAGUGUGGAUUUGGCAAUCAUUUGGCUUCUGAGUCAAUCCCUGGCGAGCAGCUCAACGGAUCAUCCUUCGUGUCGAUAAGACAAGCCCUGCAACAUGUGUGGAUGUACCGGAUUCGGUCAUCAGUAGCGCACAGGGAGCUGUCGAGGAGCAACCUAAACGAUAAUUUGUGUCCUCGGCUGGAGUCUUACUUUGGGUCCUCCAACAAACGUGUUGAAUACAACCCCUCGCAGCAAGCGUGGAACCCUUUCCCUCUCCCUGAAGCUUCUCCCUCAUCUUCCAUUAAUUAUGAGCUCCCUGAGCUUGGUCCAAUAGGAUCGAACUUUGACAUCGAUUCUGGAUCAGGAUGGGAAAUUGUGCACAAGCUUGCUGGGAACUUGCACACAUACUUGCAACCGCAUACCCCAUUCGAUGUAGUUGCUUGGCACAGCAACUAUUCUCUUUUCAAGUACGCGGUCGAGAAUUUUAUCAAUAUGGCAAAUGUUGAGUGCGAUCAGGCAGAUCCUACUAUCUACUGCGAGCAUCUCUCGCCGAUUUUCUGGUUUUUACCCCCAAAUGGAUAUCCAUACGCGAUACUUUAUGGUACCUAUGGGGGAAGCUCGCAUGUGCUUGAGCCUGGCGGCUUAAGUUGCGAGACUAGUAAUAUGCCUUACGGCGAGACAUAUGGGACCUGGAAGACUGCUACGACUCAAGACUUGGUUCCUACAAGAGUCUGCGAUGAUACUCUGGCGUUCGUGUCCCACAUUUCGGUUCCGCUACUUUUAACUGAGUGGGAGCUUCAAAGCCCAGCUCUUCAUCCCAACGACCCAAAUAAACUGGCUGAAUUCAAAGGGCGUUUUCUAGACCAUCUCAAUGAAGUCAAUGCGGAACUCUCCCGUGAAGGCCUUCCAAUUCUGGGAGCUUCUGAAUGGCUCCUAGAUGUAAGUCUCCUUGACCUUGUAGCGUCUCUGAUGUUUUUCUAUCUCAUUUGUCAUCUUGCGAAACAUGUACCGGUUAUCAAUGAAAGCGCUAAAUACCGAUACCGGAAACCGCAUCGGCUCUUUAGCGGUCUACUUCCCCAUUGCAUGCGGUUGUUUUCUGUCCGCGAUUGUACGAUAAAUAUCCAAAUUAAUAACGGGACUCUGGCAAUGCAAUACCACCUGCGCAUCAGGUGUGUUCACGACCUCUCCAAUGCUCAUAUAAAACUACCUGUGCUGCAGCGAAUAGUCUUCAAUAUGUUAACAAUUCACUCUUCUAGUCUGCUUAACCGAAUCGUCCCAUCUCUAUUGUGGGGUGAUAUUGCUAAUAGUUUUCACUCUAGACCGGCAAAGAGAUUGGUAGCCUUAUCUAUUAUCAUCAAGAGGGAAUUCUCAACCACAUUUAUAGGCUUCGAAGAGUGUUUUGAGCGAAAAUUUUGUUUUCCAUCUUCGGCCUUGCUCCACCUUCUUCGGACCCAAGGCAAACUCAAUGCCUUUUCAAUCAGCUUGAGGCUCUUGGACAUUUCAGAGUACGUGGCGUUGUCAUUGUGGAUUCAAGAAAUUCAACCUCGCUUAUGGCCGAUUGCUCAGGUUGAUCCGCUGGAUAACCGUGGGAUCAUCCACCAUCGAAAGAAUUUGCAUCUCUUCUCUUCAGCACCCACUAGCCAGAGCGCGGCCUCUAUCAUGCUCCUGAAGCAACUCGCGGUCAACCUUCGGAAACCUAAGCGUAAUCCAGCUGACGCCAAAAUUAGCGUAGUUUCUUUUCAGCUAGGAGCAAAUAAACGGGGAUUUCAUGUAUUGAAUGAACUAGAGGCCGUGCUUAUAACCCUUAUCAACCCACUUACUCUAUAUUAUAAUCUGGAAGAGCUGACACAGAACACUAAAUAUUCUACACCUAAUCUGCACUCUCUGCCUCCUUCCCUAACUCAACUCUCUAACCCCAAGUCCAAUAUAUGGACGCUACAGCUCCAGUGUCAAUGUACUUGCAUUGUCACCACUGGAUUUGUUGGACAUGGUUGGCCUCAUUACUUCUAUGGGCGAAGUCAGGUGGUGAACAUUAUGUGGAGGUGGAGGAUUGUGGAGGAGACAAUUAGGAAUUGUUUAGAAGAGAGAAAGGAGAAGAUGUGGACCCUCAUGAGUUUUCAUACGAGGAGUAUAAUAAAAUGUUGGAGGUACAUAUUCCCUGAAAGUCAAGUGGAAGCGAUUGAGAGGUUUUGCCACAAUCUCACAAGUGCCCCUCGAAUACAAUUGAUGCUACCCCGACUAGGAAGCGGUAACAAUCGCAUAUUGCCUGCAUCUCGAAAAUACUCCCCAAUGGUUAUAUAUAACGAACCCAUAGGCGGCUUCCAGUGA